AUGAUAUGGAACUCUGGCGACAUGUCUGAAGACUGUCUGUAUCUGAACAUUUGGACACCUUCUCUCUGGCAUCGAGGCUACAGGGGGCUUUGCGGGGCAGCAGUCAUGAUGUUCAUUCAUGGAGGAAGCUAUGACACAGGAGGCAGUUCGGUUGGUUACUACGAUGGCACGAAUUUAGUACAGGAUCAGGAUGAUCUGAUUGUUGUUACCUUCAAUUAUCGACUCAAUGUCUUUGGGUUUCCUAAUGCGCCAGAUAUCGACCCGUCUAAGCAAAACCUUGGGCUUUUGGACCAGCGAUUGGCAAUCGAGUGGGUUUAUAAAAACAUAGCCAGAUUCGGUGGUGAUCCAGAUAGGAUUCUUCUGUUUGGUCAAUCUGCUGGGGCUUCUUCAGUUGAUAUUCAUUCAUACGCAUACCCAGAUGAUCCUAUCGUUAGCGCACUUGCUUUCCACUCUGGCACCGCUCCAUUACUGACUUCAGCUCCUGAUCAUCAAAGUUGGAAUGAGCUGUCUACUGUUCUUGGAUGUGGCGUAGGAGCUGAAUCUUUUCAAUGCAUGAGACAAGUCCCAAUGACGAAGAUUGUCGAAACAAGGGCCAAUGGAAGUUAUAGCUUUUAUCCGAUUGUGGAUAAUGUCCUUGUCUUUUCCGAUUAUGCCGCUCGAGCUAAAAUGGGGAAGUUGGCACAAUUGCCAACAUUGGGAGGGAGUAAUGAACGUGAAGUCACGGCUUUCUUACCGUUAAAUCAAACAUCCGUUGAUGAGACAACAAUCUCUACGCUCAGUCAAAAAAUUUAUAACUGUCCCCUCCGGGAAUCUGUGAGGAUUCGAUUGAGUCAGCACGUGCCAACUUGGAGGUAUCUAUACCAUGGGAAUUUUAGCAAUGUCAGCCCAACUCCAUGGCUUGGGGCGUACCACGGGUCUGAGAUACCUAUUGUCUUUGGAACUUAUGAUAAGUCCAGGGCGAUCCCGCCAUCCGCCAGGGAGGUUGAAGUCAGUGAAUACAUGCAAGGAGCUUGGGUUGCAUUUGCCAAGGAUCCUUGUAUGGGAUUGAGCGAGUAUGGAUGGCCACCGUUCAGCUUUGAUGAGCCUACCUUGAUCAAUCUCGCCCUGAAUAAUACGGUCGAGGCAAUAUUUACUUCUGCCAGUCCGUGGGAUACCUCUUGCGAAGCUCCCACUCGAUCUGAGUUAUGA